AUGAUUUCGGUGGACUUAGAGGAGCUUAUUGCUUUUGGUAUUAAACAGGAAGUCAAGGGCGGUGUCCCAUACAGAAGAAGAACGGGAUCUCCAAAGCAAUAUGUCACUUAUUCAUGUUCGUAUCCCCUAUGCAAGGCAAAAUUUAGGGUGGAAGAACAAAAUGGAGUGUUUACUAUAAGCAAAGUUAAUGAAGAACAUUGCCAUCAUAUAGGAGUUGAAAUGGGUUCACAUUACGCGAGUAAAUUUUAUCAAAAAUGGAUCGAACUUUAUAUUAAAAACGGUGGAAAGCAAUUUCUUGCUCAAAAAGCAUUUUUUGAUAAGUUCGGAAUUGAUACGAAUAACAAAGAAACGAUGAAACUUUUCGCGCAGUCUACUGAUGCUUUAAAGCACAAAUUUUAUCGCCUUGAUGAGAUUAUUGCACAAAGAUUAUCAAACGAUCCUUACACUUCUUUGGAAGCAUUUUUGAAUAAUUUACAGGAAGAGUGCCCAGAUGAUCUCGUUCAAUUUGAUUACAAUGGAGAUUUUUCCGAGUUUACAAUCAUAUAUGCACCUUUUGCUGCAAAAGAAUUGGUGCAUAGCAUUGAUAACCCUCUCCACGUCGAUUCCACUCAUUCUUUAAUUAAAGGAAAGAUCCAAUUGUUUGCAGUAACAAUGAAAACAAGUCAAAACACAAUUUUCCCCUUUUGCUAUUUUUAG